AGUUUGAAUAGAAACAGUAUUCAGUCUUAAUUGUAACAUUGAACAGCUGACGAUGAAAUUUUUUAUAACAUUUGCUGUUUUCAUUUGCUUUUCCCAAAUUGCAAGUGGAAAUAGAGCUUUACCCGUGAGAACCCAAAGUGAAAUAGUUAAGGUUUUGGAUGAUAUCUUCCGAAGCAGAGACCUAAAAUGGGACCAAACAAACUAUUUGGUGAAUAGAGCUGGAUUUCUCGCCAACUGCGGUCAUUUUGAAGGAACCGAAAAAUUAGAAUCAGUGAAUCUUCCAGCUAAAGAUUCUUACGUAAACACUCAAUCGGGUAUGAAACUGCAAGUAGAAAUUGACACUGAAGCUGUUGAUUCUGAAUCAGUUCAUUCCGAAAUAAUGAGAGAUACAAGAAGAUGGGAUAGACUUUGGGACUGGUCUAACCGUCAAUACGAUCAGAUUUUGGCCCAGGCUAGAGGUAUGCGACAUGUUGGCUGUGCUAUUCAACCUUAUUGCCAAAGAUCUCGGGCGGGUAGUCGUUGGCUUCACCUCGUCUGUUUAUUUGCUGAGGAUCAAGUAAUAAGCAUAGAAUCGAUUAGAAGACGUAGCAGAAGAGAAGUAGGUGACGAGUUCCCCAGUGGUCGUCGUGUACCUUCCGCACCAUUCAAUUCUUUGAAUGACGCAGCCAGAGCAUUCACCGAAGAAAAUCGAAAGAGUGCCGAAAUAAACUUUAGACCAUUGAAUGUGAGAGGUUAUCUCCGAUGGGAAGCCUAUUUAGAAAAUCUUAGUGGAACUAUUUUCUCCUGUAGUUCAAGAGAGAGAGAGAGUAACAAAUUAAGACUUGAGAGACAAGAUUCAAGAUACAAUGUAUUUUUCGGAAAUUCUCCAAACGAUCGAUCAGAUACAGAUAGAAGUAUUGACGAUUCUAUUCGGGAUGUACUUGUCGAAGCUGAAAGAGGAAGAGGAAAUACAUUCAGAACAGUUGGAUGUUGCAUGGGUCAUUGCGAAUUAAGAGGAGAUAGAAGAGCAGUAACAGAUCCAACAGAAGUUUGGGUUGCUUGCAUAUUCGAGUAA